UUAUGAUUGGAGAUGUUCUUACUGGGACUGAAAUACUGAACUUACAAAGCAAAGAGCUCUCGUUCGAAAUGCGAAGCUUCUUCAAACCAAGUCAUGCGCCAUGGCAGAAGCUUACUCUUCAAAGCUCACAAAAGCCAUUCCCAGCUCGGGAACCUCUUACUGGUUGCUUCGCUCACGAAGACUCUAUCAGAUUCCGGGACUCGUUAUCUCCCCGAACCCCGUUCCAUUCCGCUCUCGGAGUCUCUCCUCCAUCAAAUCAUUAGAAGCAACGCCCUCCAACCCUCCAAGAAGCUCGAAUUCUUCAAAUGGUGCUCCCUCUCCGCAAAUUUCAAGCACUCGGCUCUCUCCUACUCCAUCAUCUUCCGUACUCUCUGCCGCGCCGGCUACCUCCACGAGGUCCCGGACUUGCUCAACUCCAUGAAGGAAGACGGGGUCGUUGUGGAUUCUGAGACCUUCAAAGUCUUACUCGACUCCUUUAUUCGAUCGGGUAAUUUCGAUUCCGCGUUGGAAAUAUUAGACGUAAUGGAAGAAUUGGGAGCUAGCUUGAAUGCUCAAAUGUAUAACUCUGUUCUCGUCGCUUUAGUGAGGAAAAAUCAAGUGAGUAUGGCUUUGUCUAUGUUCUUUAAGCUUCUAGAAGACGAAACUUAUGUGCCCAGUUUCAUUGCCUGCAAUGAAUUGCUAGUCGCUCUUAGAAAAGCGGAUAUGAGAGUAGAAUUCAAACGGUUUUUUGAUAAACUCGGAGAAAAAAAGGGGUUUGAGAUGGAUAUUUGGGGCUAUAAUAUAUGUAUACACGCGUUUGGGUGUUGGGGUGAUUUGGGUACUUCUUUGAGGCUUUUCAAAGAGAUGAAGGCUUCAAUGGAUCCAGAUUUAUGCACUUAUAAUAGUCUUCUUCAUGUUCUUUGCUUUGUUGGGAAGGUGAAAGAUGCAUUAGCUGUAUGGGAGGAAUUGAAAUUUUCUGGUCAUGAACCAGAUGAAUUCACUUACAGGAUUAUUAUCCAGGGAUGCUCUAAAUCUUAUCGAAUAGAUGAUGCUACGAAGAUCUUUAGUGAGAUGCAGCACAAUGGGUAUAGGCCCGAUACUGUUGUGUACAAUUCCCUCAUUGAUGGGCUGUUUAAAGCGAGGAAGGUUAAUGAUGCCUGCCAGCUAUUUGAGAAAAUGACUCAGGAGGGAGUGAGAACCUCUUCUUGGACUUAUAAUAUUUUGAUUGAUGGGUUAUUUAGGAAUGGAAGGGCCGAGGCUGGUUACACUCUAUUUUGUGACUUGAAGAAGAAGGGCCAAUUUGUAGAUGGUGUUACUUACAGCAUUGUUGUUCUGCAGCUUUGUAAGGAAGGUCUGCUUGAGGAAGCUCUUGAGUUGGUUGAAGAAAUGGAAAGCAGAGGCUUUGCUGUUGAUCUAGUUACUAUAACUUCACUCUUGAUUGAGAUUUAUAAGCAGGGUCGGUGGGAUUGGACGAGCAGGCUCAUGAAGCACAUUAGGGAUGGCAAUUUGCUGCCAAAUGUGUUAAGAUGGAAAAUGGAUAUGGAGGCGUUGUUGAAAAAUCCACAGAGCAAAAGAAAGGAUUACGCACCACUGUUUUCAUCAGAAGGUGAAUUUAGCGAGAUUAUGAACAUUAUAAGGUCUGCUGAAGCUAAAAUGGAACCAGAGCUCGUUCCAGAUACUGCCAAAGUCAAAGCUGAGGAGAACAUACCCAAUGAUGUUGACCAGUGGUCAUCAUCUCCAUAUAUGGAUCACUUGACCAAUCAAGUUUUAUCCAAUGACCUUUUCGCUCAGCUAUUUUCACUAUCUAGGGGAAGGCGAGUUCAAUCAAAGGAGGCUGAUUCUUUUGAUAUCAAUAUGGUCAAUACUUUUUUGUCUAUCUUUUUGGCCAAGGGAAAUCUCAGUUUAGCUUGCAAGUUAUUUGAGAUUUUCACUGAUAUGGGUGUCAACCCUGUAAGCUACACUUACAACUCUUUGAUGACUUCGUUUGUCAAGAAGGGAUACUUUGAUGAAGCAUGGGACAUUCUCAAUGAAAUGGGGGAGAAGGUUUGUCCAUCUGAUAUAGCAACAUACAAUUUGAUAAUCCAAGGCCUUGGAAAGAUGGGAAGAGCAGAUCUAGCCAGUGCUGUUCUGGAAAAGCUUAUAGAACAAGGUGGUUAUCUUGAUGUAGUUAUGUAUAACACACUGAUCAAUGCGCUAGGAAAGGCCGGCCGGAUUGAAGAAGUAAACAAAUUCCUUGAGCAGAUGAGAGCUAGUGGAAUCAGUCCGGAUGUUGUCACUUACAACACACUUAUUGAAGUUCACUCCAAGGCGGGCCGAUUGAAGGAAGCCUAUAAAUUCUUAAAGAUGAUGCUGGAUGCAGGCUGCAUUCCAAACCAUGUCACGGACACCACUUUGGAUUUUCUGGGAAAGGAAAUCGAUAAACAGAGGUUCGAAAAGGCUUCAAUCAUGCGCUAUAACCGUGAUUGAAACUGCUUUUCCUUUGUAUCAUCUUUUAAAAUUAAUUAGGAAGGUUCUUACUGUUGGAGAAAGCCAUUCAAAUAGUUGAGGAAAGUUGGGAAAAUAGAUAGAAUAAACGUAGGCCAUUUAGCUUAGAUCGCAAAACAAAGUGGCUAUAACAUCAAGGGGCUUGGAUUUCUUCCUUAUGUUUGUUUGAGGGAGAAAAGAAAUAGAAGAGAAGAAAAUAUUAAAGAAAAGGGUGACCAUUUCUUUCUUUUAAUAUACAUUUCAUUUAUUUUUUCUAGGGAAGAAGAAACAUAUUUUACGACUUUAGAAAGAUCUUGCCUACUUGUUAAGUAAGGUCUUGAAGAACAGAAACUUGCCUCACAACUAAAAUUUCUUUCAUUUAUGUUUCUACUUAC